AGUCUUGGUCAUUUGGAUCUGGGGCCGCUCUGUGUCUCUCUCCCGUUCCAAAACUCUACGCUCUCGAGCGAUUCUUCCCCCUCCUCCCAAACCCUAACCCUUGAUCGGGUUCCCUCCCUUUCCACUCAAACCUUUUGUCUUCGCGGGACAUUUGUGUUCUGAAACAAGGAUCGAAAACCCUAGCCGCAGUCGAUUGCGACCGAGCGACCUUGUUCGAGCUAGGGUUUGAGAAAAAUCGAAUUUAUUUUUCUCACAGAGGGAGAUCAAGGGGAUUAGCUUGUUGAAUUGCUUGUGUGUUGGUUGAUUGCUGGUGUAUCACGAAUGUCUCGGUGUUUUCCGUACCCUCCUCCUGGGUACGUGAAGAAGGGGAUCCGCGAUGAGGCCCCGAUCGAUUCGAUUAAGCUCCAAAGAGAAGAUGAGAAGGCCAAGAAAGAAAAGAAGAGGGAGAAAAAACGAGAGAAGAAAGAAAAGAAGGCUCGAGAAAAUGGGGAGCCUGAAAAUAAGAAGCAGAGUCAUAAAAAAAGGCACAAAGAUGAAAGGCGCCAAGAAGACGAGAAAGGUACAGACCAUGGAAAGAAGAGAAAACAUGAAACGGAAAACCUUGACAAGAGUGGCCUUACUGAAGAACACGAGCAACCAGUUGGUUCCCAGAACUCUUCUGAUAGCACCGUUAACAGCAACAAAAGGCAGAAGCAGGACUCUCCCCCUGAUGGCAGGCAUAAUUCUGCAAGCAUUCUUCGGAUCCGGUUGCCUCUUCAAAGGCACAAAGAUCCUGAAAUGCUACCCAGAGAGGAGCAGCCUUGCCAGUUGCCUUUAGAAACGCACAAAGAUCCAGUGAUGCUAUCCAGAGAGAAACAACCUACCCAGUUGCCUCUCCAAAAGCACAAGGAUCCAGUAGUGCUAUCAAAAGAGGAACACCCUUACCGGUUGUCACUUCAAAGGAACAAAGAUCCAGAAGUGCUACUCGGUCUUGAACAGCCUUCCCGGUUGUCUCUCCAAAGGAAAAAAGAUGCAGAAGUUCUACCCAGCCAGGAACAGCCUUCCCAGUUGUCUCUCCAAAGGCACAAAGGUCCAGAGGUGCUACGCAGUCAGGAACAACCUUCCCAGUUGUCUCUCCAAAGGCACAAAGGUCCAGUGGCGCUACCUAGCCAGGAACAACCUUCCCUGUUUUCUCUCCAAAGGAACAAAGGUCCCAGAUUGCUACCCAGCCAGGAACUGCCUUCCCGGUUGUCUCUCCAAAGGCCUAAAGGUCCAGGAGUGCUACUAAGCCAAGAACAGCCUUGCUCUUCCUCAGGAAGGACUGAUAAUGCGUUUGUUCAAGCAGUGCAAGAACCUGCUCCUAGACAAGGCAUAGACGAGGGACAGUAUCGCUGCUCUACUUCUGGAAAAGCUAGCAAAGAACACUCUUCCAGGUCUGGUAAAGAAAAACACCGAAAAUCUGGCAGCGGUUCUCUUUCUUCACAAUACAGAGAAGUAAUUGAAAACUGGGUUCAACCUCCAAUCUCACAAUGUCUUCCCGCGGACGUCGACGAUGAGGGAUGGUUGUUUGAGGCAAAGACGAAAAAGAACUGUGGGGUUGAGAAACCUACAGUCGUCAGCGAGAAACUUAGCCACGGAGACCCAACUUCUUGGCCAUGUGCUCGCCUCUUGCCCGAGUCCGAUAUAUAUGCUUUGCCAUACACAGUACCGUUCUAAACCCCUGGGGGAAAGUGGAAGAUUGACAACUGAGGAGCCGAAAGCGCGCCAGUGAAUUUGUACUUGAUGUCUUCUAGUUUUUGGGUGGUACUGUACGUGUGAAGAGGUGGUUUCCGGCUUUUUGGCUGUUGUUUUGCGCUCUCGUGCCUGGAGCGACUCCCGGUUGGGUUGAGAAAACAGCAACGUCAGAGAUGUGGGGGAAUGAUAAGUUUUGUUUUUGUAGGGUAGAUGGCAUAUUGAUGGAUCACAAACUUUGCAAUUCUUUUAAAACGAUUAUAAUAUCAUCUUCUUUUUUUUUUUUCUCCCUAAA